GUGAAGCGACUUCCGACUGUGCCAGCAGCAAAGAUGGCGGAGGAGCUGCUGGAGGUGGUGGAAAAGCUGCAGUCUCGACUUUCCGAAAAUCAGGAACCACGAAAGCUUCUGAAGACUUUGAAGAGGCUGAACGAGUUGCCAGUCACUGUGGACAUUUUGGUGGAAACUGGAGUCGGCAAAACUGUGAACAGCCUGCGCAAGCAUGGUGUGGUUGGAGAGCAAGCAAGGAACCUUGUAGCUAAAUGGAAGAAGUUAGUCCCACAGGAAGGAGUCAGAGAGGCACGAGAUAUUCAGUCUCAAAACAAGGGAGCACCCAGCCAAAAGCAUGCACGGAAUCCAUCUCCUGUGGAGGAUUCACAUGUGGAAGGCAGUGAAGAGGUAUAUCAUUCCCCUCAGCAUCAUUCUCAAAGAGCCUCCAAUGUACACAGCCAUAAGAGACUGCAAACUAGCAGAGGAGGCUACCAGUCUGAGGGCUAUGAAAGUCCACAAGAGGAGGAAUCACCAUCCAGGUUGAAAGAGUCUUAUAGUCCUCCCGAGUCCCCCUCAUCUCCCCCUAAUCUUGCACACUAUAGGCAGAGUUACCAGGAGCAAAGUUUUGAGUCAGCACAUAAGACGAACUUUGAAGGACAGGUACCUGAGCGUACCAAAAUCUCCCAUAAAGAGUCACACAGAGACAGAGAAAAAGGGGAAAGUCAUAAAGGCUUACACAAAGAUAAGCAUCACAUUAGCCAAAAGGUGAAGCCGUCUUCCUCCACUCAUACUAUGGAGAAAGAGAGGUCAUUGCAUUCUCACAGCAGUGAUAAGGUACAAAGGCAGAUGGACUUUGAUGAAUGCUCUGAAUCCCCUGUUAAAAAACGGAGUAAGGAGCGAGAUGGACAGAGUAGCACCAGCAAGCGAGACAAAGAUCGGAUUGUAUCAGGACAAUCUGUCCAAGACCAGGAUCAAUCCAGAAAGCGCAAGCACCAGGACUUUGAACCUCAUAAAACAGUAAUGGCAGGAUCUGUAAGCUCAAAACAUAAACAUGAUCAAGAUGGGAAGAAGGCAAGCAAAAGCUCAUCUUCUAAGCAAGGUGACAAGAGCAACCAAGGGGGACCACAAGAGAAACACAAAAGUUUGUCUCAGUCGGAGGAGGCUAGAGAUACAAAGGAGGAGUUUGAGAAGCCCACUAUGUCAUUUGAAUCAUACCUCAGUUAUGACCAGCCACAGCUAAAGAAAAAGAAAAAGUCAAGCCGUCCACCCCCUCCUGCACCCUCUCCAGCACCUGCCCCCACCAAACAUCAUACUGCCAAGAAGGACCAGAAGACUAGUGAACCACUGAAAAAAACAGAGAAGCCAAAAAAGGUACGGACAAUUGAUGUGGUGCCUACCCUACCUGACAUACCCUUGCCCGCCAUCCAGCCCAACUAUCGCCCUUUGCCAAGCCUGGAUGCGACUCCUUUGUCUCCACAUAAACGAAAAGUGCCCUUGGCGACAGCUGAUGAUGAUGACCAGGGUUUCACCGGUCGUCGCUUCAACUCAAAAAUGGCAGUGUACUCUGGAUCGAAGACAGCAUGCCUGAGCAAAAUGAUGAGCCUUUAUGAGCAAUGUAUUCGUGUUCUUCAGAAUAACAUUGACUCAAUUGAGGAAGUGGGAGGAGUGCCUUAUGAGAUUCUGGAGCCUGUCCUAGAGCGCUGCACCCCUGAGCAGCUGUACAGAAUAGAACAGUACAAUCAGUGGUUUGUGGAAGAGUCUGAUGAACUCUGGAUGCGUCACUGCCGACGCGAUUUCCGCCACGAGAGCCCACAAGAGUACGAGACAUGGCGUGAGCUGUAUUUGCGCCUUCAUGAUGAACGUGAAGAGCGGCUUAGAAUGCUCACGCAAAACAUUACGUCUGCUCAUGCUAACAGGCCCAGGGGUCGGCAAGUGAAAAUGGCAUUUGUAAACACUGUGGUAAAGCCUCCACGGGAUGUUCGGAGGCGGCAAGAAAAAUUUGGGACAGCUGGUGGCAGUACAAGUACCAGCAUAAAUGAAGCAGCACCUAUUAAAAUCAGACCAGCAUCAACCACUUCCUACAGCAGUCUUUCUAUCGGUAGCAGCAGCACUAGUGCAUCCCAAGCUGCAGAAAGCAACACAUCCUAUGAGGGUCCCAGUACCAGCACAGGGAGCCAUGCCUCUUCCUCCUCCUCUUCUAGCAUUUCACCUGCCAGCAGCAAGCCACAAGUUAAAAAAAUUGCACCCAUGAUGGCCAAGACGAUUAAGGCAUUUAAGAAUCGUUUCUCAAGACGUUAGUGGUCUCAGGAGCUUCAAAGGAGCCAUCUUGUCUGUGAUGGUGUAAAACUGGACUCCAGACUCUUAAGGAUUUGCACUGCUGCAAGAGGAAUUCAUGACCUAAACCAGUUUGACCUGUAAUCGCCCAUCUCUACCCAUACAGCUUAAAAUGACACAACAAAAUUGAACAUGUGGUCACUUUUGCUUGCAAACAGUUGCCAUGGUACACAUUCAGCACUGGUCUGCACAUGUAUAUAAACCCUUGUGAAUGCCCACUGCACAUUUUAACACUAUGCCCUAAGUUUUUCUUUCUCUAAAUGGAUUAAAAAAUGUGUUUUGGGGCUCUUGAGCAAAUGCAAUAUAUGUACAUAUUUUGUCAGGGUGAGCUGUCUUACUGUGGGAGAGCACAUAUUGCAGUUCAGCCUCAAUCUAUCUUGUUUCUUCUACUCACUCCCUCUUUGUAUUUGCUACUUCAUUUCAAUCAUUUUUAUUUAUUUAUAUGUAGGUUUACUUUAGAUAAAUACUAAAGUGUAUUUUAUUUUAUUUAGGUCCUGCACUUCUUAACUCACAACCCUCUGCAGUAGCCUAACUCCUGAUAGAAAAUGUAGCCAUCAAUAGGCUAUGGUGAAGGGUGGCUUCUCUGUGUGACAGCAGGCCAUUCUUGUAUUUUUUUCCUGUUUUGGGUGUAGGGGAAGGUGGUUGUUUCUGUAUAUACUUUACAGAAAAAAGGUCAUUUUAAAUUAUGGCUGUAAUGGAAAUGUUUAAGUGGUGGCAGUUGUAGGAAGGAGACUGUGACAGACACCGCAGAUGAGCUUUAGGGAGUGCAGGCACUUGGCUAAAUGAUACUAAAGAACGCUUUGUGUCUGUGGUGGUCUGAGAAGACAGCUCUUGUCCAACUCAUUCCAGUAAGUAAAGACAGUCAAGUGGUCAGUAUGUUUUAUUUGGGAACAAGAAUUAUGAAGUUAAGCUAAAAAGAAAAAAAAAAUAAUUAACUCGUUUAAAUUACUUUUUAAAAAGAGGAAAAUUAUAUAUUGUUUUAAUAAACCAAUUUCAGAAAGCUAAAGAUUUUAUGGGAUGCCAGUGCAUUAGACCAGCAUGAGCAACAUAAGCCAGCUCAACCAGGCAGCACGGGAGCUCGGGAUGGCUGAUGGGACUGGGAGGUGGCUGUGGUUUCCAAGCUCAGCUGGUGGUGAUUUUCAGCUGCGGUUCCUAAUUGGCUUCUCUUAUUUCUGUCACCCAGGCUUGCAUUGCUAUUGCAGUCAUUUUACUUUGUAAAGUGCCUUGAGGCGCUAUAUGAAUCAAUGGAUUGAUUGUUAUUAGCUGUUGGAGCGAUCCAGGGGCAGAUGCUGGAGAAUAGCUGCAUUUUGUAUUUAUUCUCAAUUAUAAAUUUUAUUCGUGAAAAUUGUUUUAAGAUUAUUUUAAGAUAAAAGGAUAGUGCAUUUAGCAAGUGGAAUUAUUUCUGUGAAUAAACUCUUGGAAAAACU